AUGAUGGAGUCUAGGGUUCCCGUAUGCAACACGUGCGGCGAGGAGCUGGGCCUUGGUGCUGAUGGGGAGGUGUUCGUGGCCUGCCAUGAGUGCAAUUACCCGAUUUGCAGGCACUGUUUGGAUUAUGAGGUCAAGGAAGGGCGGAAUGCGUGCAUUCGCUGUGGCAGUCCGUAUGGUGAUGGGGGCGGAGUCGGAGCUGAAGAAUCCGGAAAUCAAUAUAUCGACGAGUCUGGGAAUCCAAUAUGGAAGAACAGAGUGGAAAGUUGGAAAGAAAAGAAAGCUAAAAAGAAGCGAACUGCAAAAAAGGAAAAGAAAGAAGCAGAAGUUCCUCCCGAGCAGCAAAUGGAGGACAAACCACAGUCUGCAGAUGCUUCACAGCCUCUCUCGAGAGUGGUUCCUCUACCAAGGACCCAAAUUACUUCGUACCGGAUUGUGAUCAUUAUGCGACUGAUAAUUCUGCUUCUUUUCAUCCACUAUCGUGUGACAAAUCCUGUUGAUAGCGCCUUUGGUCUGUGGCUCACUUCUGUUAUUUGUGAGAUCUGGUUUGCAUUCUCCUGGGUGCUUGAUCAGUUUCCUAAGUGGUCGCCUAUAAACAGAGACACAUAUAUCGACAGAUUAUCUGCUAGGUAUGAGCGUGAAGGAGAACCAUCUGAGCUAGCUGCUGUUGAUUUCUUUGUCAGUACUGUUGACCCAUUAAAAGAACCGCCUCUCAUAACGGCAAAUACUGUUCUCUCAAUCCUUGCCGUGGAUUAUCCGGUCGAUAAAGUCUCCUGUUAUGUAUCUGACGAUGGUGCAGCUAUGCUUACUUUCGAGUCUCUUGUUGAAACUGCUGAUUUUGCAAGGAAAUGGGUGCCGUUCUGCAAGAAAUUCUGCAUCGAGCCACGUGCCCCGGAGUUUUACUUCUCACAGAAGAUUGAUUACUUGAGGGAUAAAAUACAGCCUUCUUUCGUCAAGGAACGUAGGGCGAUGAAAAGGGACUAUGAAGAGUAUAAGGUGCGGAUAAAUGCUUUGGUGGCAAAGGCCCAGAAAACGCCAGAUGACGGCUGGACCAUGGCAGACGGAACACCUUGGCCUGGGAAUAAUACACGUGAUCAUCCUGGCAUGAUUCAGGUGUUUUUAGGCAAUACUGGUGCACAUGACAUUGAGGGAAAUGAGCUUCCUAGGCUGGUUUAUGUCUCUAGAGAAAAAAGACCUGGCUAUCAACAUCAUAAGAAGGCUGGUGCUGAAAAUGCUUUGAUAAGAGUAUCAGCUGUUUUGACAAAUGCACCAUUUAUCCUUAACCUUGACUGUGACCACUAUGUUAACAAUAGCAUGGCAAUCCGUGAGGCAAUGUGUUUCUUGAUGGAUCCUCAAGUAUGUGGAGAUGUAUGUUACGUGCAAUUUCCCCAGAGAUUUGAUGGUAUCGACAAGAGUGAUCGAUAUGCCAACCGCAACACAGUUUUCUUCGAUGUCAACAUGAAAGGAUUAGACGGUAUCCAAGGGCCUGUAUACGUUGGGACAGGUUGUGUCUUUAACAGGCAAGCCCUUUACGGCUAUGGGCCCACAUCACUUCCGACUCUACCCAAGACUUCAUCAUCAUCAUCAUCUUGCUCGUGGUGCUGUUGUUGCUGUCGUGGCAAGAAGCCCGCCAAAGAGAAAGACCUCUCAGAGCUUUACCGUGAUGCAAAAAGGGAAGAGCUUAAUGCCGCCAUUUUUAAUCUUAGGGAGAUUGAAAGUUAUGACGAGCACGAAAGGUCAUUGCUCAUCUCCCAAAUGAGUUUCGAGAAAACGUUUGGCUUAUCUUCUGUUUUUAUCGAGUCUACGCUUAUGGAGAACGGCGGAAUAGCCGAGUCUGCCAAUCCAUCUACUCUAAUUAACGAAGCAAUCCAUGUCAUCGGCUGUGGGUAUGAGGAAAAGACUGCCUGGGGUAAAGAGAUUGGUUGGAUAUAUGGAUCGGUCACGGAGGACAUUCUGACGGGUUUCAAAAUGCACUGCCGAGGGUGGAGAUCGAUUUACUGCAUGCCUUUGCGGCCCGCAUUCAAAGGGUCAGCUCCAAUCAAUUUGUCCGACAGGCUGCACCAGGUUCUUAGGUGGGCUUUAGGCUCGAUCGAGAUCUUCCUCAGUAGACACUGUCCCUUAUGGUACGGUUUUGGAGGGGGCCGCCUUAAAUGGCUCCAGAGGCUCGCGUACAUCAACACUAUCGUCUAUCCCUUCACUUCCCUCCCCCUCCUUUCGAACCUGGCAAGCAUCCUUUUCCUAGGCCUCUUCCUCUCCAUCAUCCUCACCAGCAUCCUCGAGCUCCGGUGGAGCGGUGUUAGCAUCGAGGCCUUAUGGCGAAACGAGCAGUUCUGGGUAAUCGGCGGCGUCUCGGCCCACCUAUUUGCCGUUUUCCAAGGCUUCCUCAAAAUGCUCGCCGGAGUCGACACAAACUUCACCGUCACCACAAAAGCCGCCGACGAUGCCGAGUUUGGGGAACUUUACGUGAUCAAGUGGACGACUGUUCUCAUCCCCCCGACAACAAUUCUCGUCGUCAAUAUCGUGGGCGUGGUUGCGGGAUUUUCUGAUGCCUUAAACAGUGGGUACGAGGCGUGGGGCCCGCUUUUCGGGAAAGUGUUUUUUGCUUUAUGGGUCAUUUUACAUCUCUACCCAUUCCUCAAGGGACUCAUGGGGCGGCAAAACCGAACCCCGACUGUUGUUGUUUUGUGGUCUGUGCUGCUGGCUUCUGUCUUUUCGCUCGUGUGGGUGAAAAUCGACCCGUUUGUUAGUGAUAACGGAGCAUCGGCUGCUGCGCAGAGCUGCAUCGCGNAUUUGAUGGUUUUGAAAAUUGUGAGGUUGUUUUGGGUUUUUUUUGGGUGUGUGUGUGAUGAGAUGAUGUGAUUUGUAAGGUAUAAUGAAGAUUUUAUGUAACUUGUAAUGAAGUCUAUUCUGCUGCAAAAGUUCAGCUGGGGUCAUGUUCUAUGAUCGUCAUGCAUUGCUUUGUUUCAAGUGUUGCUUUUUCCGGGUGAAAAAUAAUUACUCGAAAUAGUGAUAUGGGGUCUCACCGUCGGUCACAUAUCAAUGCAGUAUAUUUGUAAUUACAAUAAUGUUGAUGAAUUUUUAAAUUUAGUAAGUUUAGCACUAUAGCCCAUUUUCAAACAGACAUUGAAAUUUGCGUUGACUAAUUGACUUACAGUCUUCACGGAAUUGAAUUGUAUUAUACUUCUUGAAAUGAGUAUACACG